AUGGCUUCACCGUCCAAAGGCGCUGGCGCUGGCGCUGCAGCUAUCGCUUCUAGCGCUGCGGAAACUGUUGCACAGACUUCGGCGUCUCCCGAGUCUCCUGAAACCAGCAGUGAAACAUCUGCCACCCAACCCUCCACCCCUUCUACCGAAACGACCUCUUCGUCUACGCCUGCUCCCACAACCUCUACUUCAAGUGAACCGACCACAACCAGUUCCACUACGAGCAGCACUAGUAGCACGCCGACCACCGAGCCUACCACGUCGACCCCGGACCCUACGUCUACUUCGCCCACACCCACUUCCACUUCGUCCACAUCUUCCACCACAACCGCACCAUCCACCACUUCAAGUGACGAGAGGACAACAUUUACAUCGACACAGGGAACUACCGUAGUUGUUGUCACGUCCACCCAAACAGCGUCUAACACCGGUGCCACGUCUAUCACCUCUUCCAGCGCAACCGAUUCAGCCGCGCUCGCAACCUCCGGCACAGCAGCAGGCUCCGGCGGUCUUUCUCCUAGCGGCACAAUUGCCGUCGCAGUCGUCGUCCCGGUUGUCUCAGUGGCUUUGAUCAUCUUGGCGCUACUCUUCUUUUGGCGUAAGCGCAAGGCGAACAAGGCGGCUGAGGAGGAGCGCCGCAAGGAAGUGGAGGAGUACGGAUUCAACCCGAACAACGACCCAACCCUUCCCGGUAUUGGAGGCGUUGUAGUUCCCAAGGAUGACGAAUCCUCUGGGUACCGCGGCUGGGGAACCACCUCUGCCGGGCGUAAGGCGUCCACCAACCUCUCCAGUGGAAUGGGUGGCCUAGCCAUGUCGGAAGGAAGCAGCCCCGGUUAUCACCAUGCCACAACACCUAGCGAAGGCACCGUUCAAUAUUCUGAUGGCGCCCGGCCCGACUCUGGCGAGAUUGUUGAACCAAUCGGCGUGCUGGGUGCCGCCCCAGUGGCUGCGAACAACCGCAACGGCGACAUCCACCGUGGCCCCUCCAAUGCAUCCUCCGCUUACUCCGCAGCCAACCGUUCCGACGCAUCAGAGGAAAGUCACAUGUCCGCUGUCCACCCCUCAGCUGGCUACUACGGUGAGAACCCGUACUACGGCGACAUCAACACACACGGCGCAUACGGCGGUGACGACUACCAGCCUGUGAUCCGUGAUGUCCAGGCGCGCCGUAAUACGCGUAUCGAGAACCCCGGUGUUUAUCCACGACAGGGGAAUGCCGGUAUUGCGCAGAACUUCUGA